GGCUCAGGAGCGAGAGCACUGCGGAGGACAUGAGCAGCUAGUGGGGGAAAAGAGCACCGACUGCAAUGCAAACAAAAACAGCAAGCAACUUGGACAACAUCGGGGGGAUAUCAUGAACGAAACAUCUGUGCUGUUUGGGGAAAAUGGAGAAGUUUGACAUUGCGCUUUGUACGCAUUAUAUGGAAAGAUAACGAAUUUUCAUAAGAAGAAUUAUAAAGCAAGGCAGUUGAAGUCUGCGCAACGAAUGACACACACACACACACACACACACACACACACACACACUGACUCACUGAAAGGUGACAAACGAGCUCACUUUGGUAUGGAGAUACGGGCUUGCCAGAAUGGAGUCUGAUCUCGGUGAUGCCGCAAACGUGUGGAAUAACGCGUCAUUGGGACUGCACAGCGAGCUCCGCUCCCACACGUCGCCCAACAGCUCCAACUCGAGCUCAGCCCCCGGACCUGGCAGCGCACACUUCAGCCUCGGUCGGGCGCUGCCUGUGGGCAUGGUUCUGGGCGCUUUUAUAGUGUUCGCAAUCGUAGGCAACAUCCUGGUGAUCCUCUCCGUGGUGUGCAACAGGCACCUGCGCAUUCCAACUAACUACUUCAUAAUCAACCUGGCCAUUGCGGAUCUGUUGCUUGGCACCACUGUGCUCCCGGUGUCCGCCACGCUGGAGAUUCUGAACUACUGGGUCUUCGGGAGGAUUUUCUGUGACAUCUGGGCUGCCGUAGAUGUCCUGUGUUGCACAGCGUCCAUCAUGAGCUUAUGCGUAAUAUCCAUCGACAGAUACAUCGGAGUACGUUACCCUUUGCAGUACCCGAGUAUUGUGACAGAGAAAAGAGCGCUCCUGGCCAUGCUGGGAGUUUGGGUACUUGCUCUGAUUAUAUCCAUCGGACCCUUGCUUGGCUGGAAAGAGCCGCCUUCUGAGGAUGAAACCGUUUGUCCUAUAACAGAGGAGCCGUUUUAUGCGCUUUUUUCGUCUCUUGGCUCUUUUUACAUUCCCCUAGCUGUGAUUUUGGCCAUGUACUGCCGCGUUUACAUCGUCGCCAAAAGGACCACUAAGAAUCUCGAAGCUGGAGUGAUGAAGGAGCGCAAUGACUCCAGUGAGCUCACACUGCGAGUGCAUUACAAAGGCUCUCACAUCCAGGACGACUGCAGCAGCGGCACGGGCAAGGGCCAAAUGAGGAGCUCGCUCACUGUGAAAUUACUGAAGUUUUCUAGAGAAAAGAAAGCUGCCAAAACUCUUGGCGUUGUAGUAGGCAUGUUCAUCCUGUGCUGGUUACCGUUUUUCCUCGUACUGCCCAUCGGUGCCUUCAAUACCAACCUGCGUCCUCCAGAGACAUUUUUCAAGGUGAUCUUCUGGCUCGGCUACUUCAACAGCUGCCUGAACCCCAUCAUCUACCCAUGCACCAGCCGUGAGUUUAAACAGGGAUUUAUCCGCAUCCUGCGCUGUCAGUGUCAGCAGAGGAAGGGCUGGAGACCCUACAACUACCGAUCCCACAUGGGUCCCACCAACCAGAUCUACAUGGACAACAGUUCAGUUUGCAUGAACGGCAGUCACGCUUCUUCCAGCCCUCGGCUCUUCAGCAGAGGCACUGGCUCUCAUACAGCAUCGGGCCUCUUACCAGGCUGGAGUUCCUCCUCCACCUCUUUGUCUAGCAGUUCCUUCCCUAGGAAGUUCAUUGCUAGCCCUGGACCAGUGUGUGAGAAUUUAGACAAAUCCAGCAGGAUGACUCUUCUUAUUCCUGAUGGGGCUCCAUUGAAAAAGCCCCAGCAUGCCAAUGGGCAGAACGCUAAAGAAGAAGUAGAACCAGAGACAAAUUGCAGACUCACGCCUGAAAUUAAACUGUAAUUGGGUACAUGACAUCUAGUUUUCACACUAGUGCUCCCUCUUUGUUCCUUCUUUUUGUUUAUAUUGUGUACAUUUGACAUUCUUGUUGUAAUUUUAUAUUCUGCAUGUCAUUACGAAGUUGCUCACAUCAGUGGCUAUUGGUAGAAUUAAGAGUGAAUAUUUGUGCAUUUUACUUAUCUUGGG